UCUGUGCGGACACGUACACGCUCCUCGCGCCCCCCUCUUUCUCUCUCCGGUGCUGAUGCUGAGACUCCAGCAUCUCUCUGAUUCCAGCAUCACACACUGGAUUCUAAACUGAAAGAAAAUAGUGCUAAAAUCGAGAUUUUAACGGUCGUCCAGGAGGCGUGUUUAGUUAUUUAUUCGUGUAUUCUUCCUUUAUGAGGGAAGGUGUUUUCUUAUGGAGUAACGUGGAUGGACAAGCCAAGAAAAGCGGAUGAGGAUUUCUAACGGUUUGGAGGGAACGGCAACUGCGACGAAAUUCAAAGGCCAACAGGCAUGUUUUUUAUGUAGGAACAAAAAAAAAAAUCAAUCAAACCAUCUGCAUGUGCUUUUGGUGGGCUAAUCUGAAAGAUUUUUUGAAGUGAAGAACAAAUUUAUCUUGGAUAAAAAUGGCUCAUCUAAUACGACACAAGAUCACCAACAAACUGACAAAUGCGGCCCAUACAGUGUCCCACAAAUCCCAGGCCAAGGUCAGCGGGGUGUUCGCUCGGCUGGGCUUCCAGGCCGCAACGGAUGAAGAGGGUCUGGGCUUCGCCGAAUGCGACGACCUGGACUAUGACUACAGACAAGGGAUGCAGAUGGAUGCCCUUCGGGGGGAAGAGGAUGAAGGAGGAGACAUGGAGGGAGAGGGAGAAUUGGAAGGGGACACCCGCUACCAGAGGGAUGGUACCGGCCAGAGGCAGUCGACCCUGAAAAGCGCCGGCUCUCUAGAGGAGGACAAACCUAAAAUCACGUCAUGGGAAGCUGGAUGGAACGUCACCAAUGCCAUUCAGGGCAUGUUCGUCCUCGGCCUGCCGUACGCCAUCCUCCACGGUGGAUACCUCGGCCUCUUCCUCAUAAUCUUCGCGGCAGUAGUGUGCUGCUACACGGGCAAAAUCCUCAUCGCGUGCUUGUACGAGGAGAACGAGGACGGCAUCAAGGUGCGCGUCAGAGACUCGUACGUGGACAUCGCCAACGCCUGCUGCGCUCCCCGCUUCCCCGCGCUGGGCGGCCACGUGGUGAACGUGGCCCAGAUCAUCGAGCUGGUCAUGACGUGCAUCCUGUACGUGGUGGUCAGCGGCAACCUGAUGUACAACAGCUUCCCUAGCUUCCCCGUGUCACAGAAGGCCUGGUCGGUGCUGGCCACGGCCGCGCUGCUGCCCUGCGCGUUCCUGAAGAACCUCAAGGCGGUCUCCAAGUUCAGCCUCCUGUGCACGCUGGCGCACUUCGUCAUCAACAUCCUCGUGAUUGCCUACUGUCUCUCCAGGGCGCGCGAGUGGGCGUGGGAGAAGGUCAAGUUCUACAUCGACGUGAAGAAAUUCCCCAUUUCCAUCGGCAUCAUUGUGUUCAGCUACACCUCACAGAUCUUUCUUCCCUCCCUGGAGGGAAACAUGCAGAAGCCCAGCGAGUUCCACUGCAUGAUGGACUGGACCCACAUCACGGCCUGUGUCCUCAAGGGCCUCUUCGCCCUGGUGGCCUACCUGACCUGGGCAGACACCACCAAAGAGGUGAUCACGGAUAACUUGCCCUCAACUAUCCGGGCUGUGGUGAACCUCUUUCUUGUCUCCAAGGCGCUCCUGUCCUACCCUCUGCCAUUCUUUGCAGCUGUAGAAGUUCUAGAAAAAUCACUGUUCCAGGACGGUGGCAGGGCCCUCUUUCCUGACUGCUACGGCCCUGGUGGGCAGUUAAAAACCUGGGGUCUUGGCUUAAGAGUAGGCCUGGUGGUCUUUACCCUGCUCAUGGCCGUCUUUGUCCCCCAUUUCGCCCUGCUAAUGGGUCUAACUGGAAGCCUGACAGGCGCAGGCCUGUGCUUCCUCUUACCAAGCCUGUUCCACCUGAAGCUCCAGUGGAGAAAUCUUCUGUGGCACCAUGUCUUCUUCGAUGUUUCCAUUUUUGUUAUUGGGGGCAUAUGCGCCAUAUCGGGCUUGAUCCACUCCAUUGAAGGGCUCAUAGAGGCAUUCAGGUACAACAUCCACGACUGAGAGCAACAACCUCACAAAACAUAUUGACCAUCUGAUGUGAAAAGGAAAAUAAUUUGUGUGAAAUGUAUAUCUUUUUAUUUUUGCCUUUGUGAUAACGUGCAAUAAUGAACUUUUCACAGAUCAGGCACAACAUUAUGACCACUGAUAAGUAAGGUGAAAAACACUGAUGAUCCCAUCAUUAUAGUACCUGCGUGUGGGUGGGAUAUAUUCUGCAGCAAGUGAACAUUUUGUCCUCAAAGGUAAUGUUAGAAGCAAACAAAAUGAGCAAGCAUAAGGAUUUGAGCAGUUUGAUAUGGACCAAUUUGUGAAGGUUAGACGACUGGGUCAGAACUUUCCAAAACUGUAGCUCAUGUAGGGAGUUUCCAGCCUGCUGUGGUUAGCAGUGGCGGUUUUUGAUAUCGCUCAUAUGGGCAGUUGCCCAGAGGCUGCAUUAGAAAGGGGACAGCAUAAGCACUAGAUAAAAAGAUAUAACUUAUAUGUCAGUUGUGCCAUCAACCUAUUUUCUGCUGCCUUUAUUUAUUUGCAGUCAAUAGGAUUUGAUUCCCCUGUGUGUUGAGUAGGUGCAGCCUGGUUGCUGCUGAAAAUAGGGUGACUAGGUUAUCUGCUUUUUACAGGACACAUUUCUUAUAGAUAUUCAGCUCUCCAAGUACCACUUUAUUGUUAAAAGAUUUUAACACAGCAGUACAGCAGAAGAAAGUUGACUUUUUCCAUUUUGUUGUGUUUGUCACAAACAAAAUACUCCAAGAAACAUUGAGGUUUCCUACCAACCCUGACCCCAAAAUCCAAUAUCGCUGUCACGUGUUUCAAACAGAUCAGAAGCAAUAAUAAAUAUUCUAUUUGCACCUUUGUUAGCCUGUGUGCAAUAAAAUCUUUCACACACAUAAAUAAAUAUACUAGCUUUUGUUAACAUUUGGCUUUGGGGAUUUAAUGCUUGUCAUGAAGGGACAUACAUUGUUCUCAGCCUGUAUAAGUAAUAGCCAGCAAUUAGGUUGCCCAAUAAGAACAAAUGGCAAAUCCUACUACUUUUCUAAUUUGCAACUAGAACACAGUUAAAUUGGGUUUGUUGUUUUUUCUCAAAACCCCAAUUUUGACAUCAGAGGUAAACAGAACAGAGCUUAUGGAGCCACCAGCAGCUUUUCUCAGUUCAUUGUCACCUGCUUUAGUUUCUCCUGGGAAGCUUAUUGACAUUUUCUUCACUGCACUUCCUUUUUGAGAACUAUCUGUUUGAAGCAAAGAUCAGUGUGCUGGAAGUUGUUGCUUUGACACAUGUCACCUACCUAAGCAUUGCUGAUGACUUUUAACAUCCUUUCAUGGAAGUGCUUUUCUCUGAUGGCUUUGGUCUCUGUGGAACUGCCACAAAGUAAAACUGGUUUAGGAAUGGUUUCAGGAGCACAACAAGAUAGAGUCAUUGACAUGGCCUCCAAAUCCUGCCUAUCUAAAUCCAGUCCAGCAUCUGUGUGAUGUUCUGGACAAACAAGUCCAAAACAUGGAGUCCCCACUUUGCAACUAAAUGGAUCAGGUGUUAACAUCUGGGUGCCAGAUACAGUUCAUAAUCAUGGGUCAGGGGCAUGGGCCUCUAAGACACCUUUAGUCAGGUGGUCAUAAUGUUAUUCCUAAUCAGUGUAGUGUAAAGUAGUUUACUCAUUCCAGAAGAGGUGUUUUAUUCAGCUGACAGAGGGGACACAACCUCAGCACCAGAAGAGGGCAUUAAAAACUCUGUCCAUGUGUCAAUCUUUAUGCAAAGAUUCAGUGAAAAUGUCAGUAAGUGUGUACGUGUUUAUAUCCGAGGAAUGAAAUAUAUGGAAAACAAUGAAGUCAAUAUGUUAUUGUUGGUUUUGAGCUGCUAUAGGUAUUAAUAAUCAGAGAAAACAACAGGCACCCAUCAGAUCAGAUGGGGCUCUAUAAACCAUGAAUAUCUUCUGUGUAGUGGUCUGAACAGAGUGAAUACGUUUCUGUUGGGAGUUGUAGUUUCUUUUUUUAAUAUUCUUAUGCCAGUUGAAGUCCUUGUUUGUUUCCUCUGUGUUUUCAAGUGUCAUUCUGGAUGGAGUGAAUUCAAGGGAAGUGGGUCCUAAUUGUGUUAUAUUUAAAAAAAAAUGUGUGUCUGCUAAUAUUCUGUUCCUAUUGAACAUGUUCAUUGUGAUUUAAUGGAACUGAUCGUGGUGUGUGAGAUAAAGAGUAUUUGUUGAAUUAAGAGAAAAAUAAAUCAAAUAUUUUAUGGCUGAUGAUUAA